ACGGCACCGCGCACGGUGCGCCCGCGCUCGUCACGGCGGGAUGCGCGCGUAGCGGCCGGCAGCGUGGCGGGGUACGCGCGGUACGCGGGCGGCGCGGGGGCGUACCAUGCGCGUGCGCCCGCCGUGCCGCUCAAUGCCAAUGGCGAGCCCAUUAAAUUGCCCGAGAACUUGGAGAGCCUGCCUCGGGCUGAGCAUUUUGCUGCCCAGAGGCACCGCUGGAACACUAAUGAGGAAAUUGCAGCAAUACUCAUUAGUUUCGACAAACAUAGCGAAUGGCAGUCAAAAGAAGUCAAAAUACGGCCAAAAAGCGGCUCAAUGCUGCUAUACAGCCGCAAGAAGGUCCGCUACCGACGUGAUGGCUACUGCUGGAAGAAGAGAAAAGACGGGAAGACCACCAGAGAAGACCAUAUGAAGCUCAAGGUGCAGGGGACUGAGUGUAUCUACGGGUGUUACGUCCACUCUGCCAUCCUGCCGACCUUCCACCGGAGAUGUUACUGGCUGCUGCAGAACCCCGACAUAGUGCUGGUCCACUACUUGAACGUGCCGUACCCAGAUGACAACAAGCUUGCCACGGUAGCACCCAGCCUUGCCCUCUGGGCUGACAAGAAGGAAUGGACGAAGGAUGAGCUGGUCUGCCAACUGAAGCCCAUGUUCUUCAGCGAAGAUGAUCCCGACCACAACAAUGACUUGGAAAUAUCGGGCAAAAUGUUUCAGACAUCGGAAACCGUGGAGGUCAUCGUGACUCAGCUCAUGGAGAAGCAACGAGCGGCCAGAGCUGCGGCUCUAGCGAGGCAGCUGGAGUGCGGGUGCCCUGACUCCACCUGCAACGACUCCAGGAACUGCGCCCAUCCCAUGCGCAGGGUUCAAGCGGCGAAACCACCACCUUCAGACCACCAAGUAUCGUCAACCACUGGACCUUCACCAAGACCUAUGUCUCAUCCACCAAGGCAGUACACCAGAGACCACAGACCCGCCCAACAAUCGGCAUCUCCAUUACUUCUAUCAUUAGGCCAAAUCCAAGGCGGUGGUGGUCUUCUAAUAUUGAACGGAACGAGCAACGGUACACAGCAAAACUCAUCUCUAGUAUCUCCUCUGUCAGUGACGUCAUUCGUAUGUGAAGAACCCCGUGAUAGGUAUAGGCAGCAGUACAAACCCACUUUUGUUUUAAAAAGGGAGAUUCCAGACAGUCAGCCUACGUGUAUCCAAAAUACGGAAACUAAGUUCGAAAUUGAGCCUAAAGAAGAGAAAAUAGAUGUGGAUGUGUUCGAAAGAAAGAUUAAGGUAGAACCGAGGAGUAGAAACCAAGUGAUUGCAAGUGCGCCUGCAACUCCAUCGCGAUACCCAGAUUUAGUAGAAAGAUUAGAAAGUAAAGUUUUGACGGAUAACUGUGAUGAUACGUUAGUGCUGCUCGGUACUGACGGCAAUUUAGGUUCUAGUGGGUUCUUCGAUGAAACUCUCGAGUUGUCGCACGAAGAUAUUCAGAAGACAUUGUCGGCUAACAUGCCUACUUGUGAGUUGGACAGGAACGGUGUGAGGCAUACCGACACGGCUAAUGUGAUGGUGUCUGGCAUAGAUACGAUGGACUUUAUAGACAGUUGUGAGGUCGUGGCUUCCCCCGCCACAGGAGUCGAUGAUAAUGUGUUUGUGAAUCUGGACGCUUUUGAUAUGUUAGGGGACUUUCCUGAAUUGGAAGUGUUAGAUCCCAAUGCAAUUUCGACAAAUCCUGUGGUGAGUCGGAAACCAUUUGGCAAGCAGUCCUUUUUUCUUAAUUUCCAGCCACUUUGUGAGUCAAAGUCUCCUGUAGCCGAAGAUAGUAAUGAGACGAAGAUGCAGACAGACAGUAAUGGGGAAGGGACUCUAAAUAUCACGGAUUAUUCUCCUGAAUGGGCGUAUCCUGAGGGUGGAGCGAAGGUUCUGGUGGCUGGACCCUGGACAGACACAUCGGAUCAGUACACUGUGCUAUUUGAUAACUUCCCGGUGCCGUCGAUAUUAGUGCAGAAUGGACUUUUGAGGUGUUACUGCCCAGCUCAUGAGGCAGGUCUAGCUGCAUUACAAGUAGCCCGAGGGGGUCGAGUGGUAUCAGACACAGUAGUAUUCGAGUACAAGCCGAACCCGGCUCCCGCGCCAUCAUCACCCGCGUCCGCACCGCUUCCGUCGCUGGAUUUAAGACGGUUUUCGCUGCUGCAGCGCUUGCAGCGGUUGCAGGGGCGAUUGCAAAUGAAGAUUGAGCCAGCUGAUGAUAAUAGCCAGAUUGAAGAUGUACAGCUAUACUCGAACCCAAAAUUUGAAGAGCGUCUGGUCUCCUUCUGCCGGUCCCUAAGCAACCGUUCGACUGGAACUUCUGAGGGCUUCACCACGGAGCCCAAUGAGGACAGUUCCACUAUCCUGCACUUGGCUGCUGCAUUAGGAUAUACCAAGCUAACCACAGUGCUGCUCAGGUGGAGGCAGGAUGAUACGAGUCUCGCGUUGGAGAAGGAAGUCAAUUUGGGUGCGAGGGAUAGUGAGAAUUGUACGCCGUUGAUGGUAGCGAGUGCAGCCGGGCACGUGGAGACAGCCGUGGUGCUGGCGCGCUGGGCGGCCGGCACGCGCCGCGAGGCGGGCGCGCGCGGCGCGGCUCAUGCUGCACGACGCGCGGGGCACGCCAGGCUUGCUGCUCUGCUGGACAGGAUACACCCGCCUGCUAAGGACGGAGUGUUCUUGAGGCCGCACAGUUUAUCCCAAAAGAGUCGCGCUGGUAGUCUGGAGAGCAACCUGGUGAAGCGGCCGUCAAUAGACUCAGGAAUCAACAUGGCCGACGCCUUCAGAUCCAACUCUGCUAUAGACAAAUCAGAAAGCAGUUCCUCUGCUAGAUGGGAACGAAGCAUGUCACUCCCUUUAGAUUCGGAUACGUCGGAAGACAGUCUGGGAGACUCGAAGAUCGGCAGACGUAUGGACCUGGCUCUCUGCAGCACGGCGCCGCGGCCGCGCAGCCCCGACGUCGACGUGGAGGCGCUGUCGCCGCCCGCGCCGCCCGCAGGGGAGCAGGAUGACCGAGUGUUCACGCUGGCGGAGCAAAUCAUAGCCGCCAUGCCAGAAAGAAUAAAGAACGAAAGCUCGUCUCUGCUAUCGGGGUGCGGGCUGGACAGCGGCAGCGGAGGCGGCGAAGACACACUGAUGGUCCCACUUCUAGAUGAUACCACCACCUUCAACAGUGACUUUACUUUUGAGUUCUGCGACAACACAUACAGGUACUGUGGAGCUUCAACUCCGUGUUCGUCAGGCUCCGUAUCCCCGGGGUCAGCUGCGUUAUCACCACCACCACCGUCACCACGCUCAGCAUUAUCCCACCCACCACUAUGUACAACCCCGUCUGCGACGCUGCAAGAGUUUCUGAAUGCUACCACGCAUUUCUCUAAUCUUACUUUGAAUGAUCGUGAACAACGGGAGCUCUACUCAGCAGCCAUCACGAUUCAGAAGGCAUACCGUCAGUACCGCGGCAGGCAGCUGCAGCGAAGAGCUGCCGCCGCUGCCAUCACCAUACAGAACUGCUAUAGGAGAUACAAACAGUUUGCGUACUUGAAACAAAUGCACGCGGCGGCGACGGUGAUACAGCGCGGCUACCGCGCCAUGCGUGCUCGCAGGAUGGCUACCACACCUAUCAAGAGGACAUACUCACAGAGGCGUCAGAAUCAGGCUGCAAGGAAGAUUCAACAGUUCAUGAGGCAGUCAAAGAUCAAGUUGCAGAACGCGCGAGCCGAAAGCGUGAGGGGGGCCCGGCGGUCGCCGGAUGUCCGCCAAAACUCGUUGCAGCGCAUCACCAAUACUCCACCCACGCCCAAUAGGAUCGUUGAUUACCUUGCACCUGAAUCACCAAUGAACGUGGACGAAGACCUUCUACUUGAGCUUCUGUUUAAAAUCUAACAACGGCAGUAAUUCAACGGACUCUAUUUGUUUCUACAACUAUAUUUAGUUCAAUUUUAUCUUCUAUCGUAGAUUUUACUUCAUCCUUCUUUAACAAGUCUAGAUUUUCUUUUAGAGUUGUAUGUCGUGGUUUAUUUACAUCAUGUAUUUCAAAUAACGUAUUAACAUCAACUGCCUUUCACAUUAUCAAAACUGACAUAACUAGGCUACUUCACGAAACAGGUUUCUUAUCGGAGUUGUGAACUUACUCAGGCCUUCGUCUAUUUGAUAUGUUUUAACUAUUCUUUUGUAUAAUCGUAUUUAUGGUAGAUGAUACUAAAAGUUUUGACUAUCACGUAUCGCUGUGUACAUUUUCUUUUCUUAAAGCACCGUUAUGAUUCGAUCCCCAAAACAAUUUAUUGACGUGAUUGAACGGAUAUAUUCGAUAUGAUGAAUGUCGGAUUCGUUCUUGUUAUGUGAUUUCCGCAGUUCAUCUGCGAUAAUGUAAAAGGAUUAUAGCAUCGUGUGUGAGUCUAGGAAGUAAUUAUGUUUUCCUUAGAAAUGACUUGUUCAGAGUUUAGAUUUCGAUUUAUUCUUUAUUUUAAACUCUUCAGGUCAUAGACAGGGUUAUAUUUAGUAUAAAUUUUAUCGUAUUUGUAUUAUAUUUUCAUAAUGUAUUUUUGAGAUAUUUGUUUAGAACAUUUAUUGGAAUCAUAUUUUUGAAAACUCUAAAUUGGAUGUAAAGUAAUUAAACCUAGAUCAUCAAACGUAUUGGCUGAGAAUUUUCUUAAGACUUGACGCAAAAUUUUUGGAAAUUCAUAAAAUUCUAUAAAAAUGGUUGCGUAACGUUUGGCUAUUGCGGUUCACGUCAAUUGCAAACGAUUUGAUAUUGAAUUUUAACGUGAGACUUUCAGUUAUUCUUUUGCUUCGAACUUUAGAUCGAGUCAAAACUUGAAUUCUAUUCUAUGAAUGAUUUCAGCAAUGGAGUUUAAAAUAUGUAGGUUAAGUACAAAUUCAAAUUAUUAAAAAGCCACUGUUCUUAUAAAGUAGAUGCACUUAGCGUAUAAUACAAUAAACCCGACGAGCUGUGAGUAUUUUGAGAUUUUAUCGUAUUUAAGAGAAAUAAAAGUAAUUACGCAGUUAGUUUCGGUCGAAAGUUUACAAAUAGGUUUCAUUCCAGCCUAAAUAGUUUUAAUUCUUUUAGUCUAUGCAUUGAAGAUGAAGCCUUAGAUAUCAUCGAACAUGAUCUACUAUCUUUGAGACUCUCCUGUAGAUUAGAUCUAAUCUUAUGAAGGACCUUCGACCGGUUUACCAAUGCCUUGGUUCCAAUCAGUUUGUCGUCUUCUCCGCCACUGUCAUUAAUUUCGUGUUUCUCCCCUCCCCCUAGUUCCUAUUUCAACAAGUGCGGAUUCUUAAUAUGAAUUUUCAUCAAGUACCUACAUCUACUAUUAGUUGUUUAGGUAGAGAUGUUUUGUUUUAGAUCCUCGUUAUGCUAACGCCAUACCUACCUAGCGUUCAUGAAGAAAUAAGGUUGUGCACCACUUAAAUAUAGAAAAUAAAAACCUAAAUAUUCCCUUUUUCUGAAUUCUCUGAUAUUUUAACGUAGUAAACAUAGUAAAGUUUUAUAGUAUAAGAAAUAAUAGAAUAAUCAUAGCUUAACCAUAAGAAGACGUGCUACAGUCGAGAUAUUUUCGAUUCGUAUUUUUAUAAAGCAAAAGUUUCGAACGAAUAAGGACGCUUUGCUUGAGCAGGGCCCUGGUACUUUGAGUUCUCAAACUUACUUCUAGUAUCUCGUUUAACUUUCUUUAUUACGUUCAGUUUUAUGAUAUUUUUAAUUAGAUUUGAAACUUAGUUUCUCUUGAAAAAUUCUUACAUCUUUCUGUGAUUUUAAUUCAACUGUUCGUACAUUCCGAUAUAUUCCUGUUUAUUUAGAUUUUGAGAGGCCCAGAGUUGAAUAAAGUGGGUAAAAACGUUGGUAGAUUCGUAGCAAGCUUUUCAAAUUUUCUGUGUACGAACACUGGUUUGUUGGGGAUGUACCAACGUUUUUUCGAUUAGAGGAAAAAUAAACACGCGACGAGGAUUGAGAAAAACCGUCCAGUUGUGGCGGCUUUUGCACCCUCCGGCGGCGAUCGGCAUGCGUCGCAAGUAUCGCGGGCUUGCGAGCACGCGACAGCGGGCUGCGGUGCAGCCGCGGUAUGAGCGCGGUACGGGCGAGGUACGAGCGUGGUACAGGCGCGGUACGGCCGCGGUACAGCCGCGAGGCGCUCCGGGGGCGCACUAAUACAACAUGUAUAUUUCAUAUUUUUGGAUCGCUAAUUUUAAGAUGUUAUAUUUAUAUAUGUAUAUGUAGUAAUGGCGGGUACGAUACCAGUAUUUCGAGAUGUAUUGCGCCAAAAGUUUUGAUGUAUUAAUUUUCCAUAAAAGUUAUUCUAUCAUUUCAGUCUUGAUUUUCGAACAAAUAGUUCGUUUAGCUAGUGGUCAUGCGUAUACCUAUAUUUUUAGAUAGCGUGCACGAUUGCUUAUGGAGCGCUGAUAAUGUUAUUAAAAUGCGAAACGGGCGGAAAUAAGACAAAAAAUAAAUUUAAAAAUAUUUUUCUCAGUAACGCAGAACCUCUGAAAGCAAUAAUAUUUUUGUGGUGAAUAAACUCCGAUUUGUAAAGAAAGAGUAUUUUAAUAUCCACGCGAUCGUCACAAUACAGUUGAAAUAUAGACGCUUCUUAGUGCCACCGAUAACUGUGACUCUUUUAUUAUCCUGUCUUUUUUUAGUAAAGUGUGAACAUUAAUUUAAAAAAUGCCAAAGUUUACCUUUUCUGUUUUAAAAAAGAAAUGUCAAUUACCCAAAAAAUAGUAAAAAAACUAAAUCAUUUUUGUAAAAAAACUUUUUUCGAGCAAGCUCUUACAAACUUUGGUUUAUGAUGUUAUUAAUUUUAUCUUUUACAAAUGAACGAAAGCAAUAAAAUCUGUUUUAAAGGGUAAUAAAAUUGACACACUUACGGCCAGGCUUAGUAAUUGACCACAGCUAAAAGAUAGUGCACUAGAAGUAGAUAUAGUUAGAUAAAUUACUAUUAUAUGAAAUAAUAAAAAAAAAAACUUGAAAUCUAUACAUAGAAUUUAAAACUAAAAGUUUAACUAAUACUUUUUAUUAUUAUAUUAUAAGAAGCUUGUUCACACAUUUUAACUUCAUAUUUAGUAAGUACUUCUAAGACUAAAAAAGAUAGAUAUUGUUACUAACUGGUACUGGAAUGAGAUAUAGUGAGAAUAUGAUUGGAUUUCUUUUAUCUUUUAGGGUGGGCCGUAACUAGUUGAGCUUUAUGAAUUUGUUAUGCCGUAGGCAAGUUUCUUUUGACGAAAAUGUGAUAAAAAAAAGUUGCAAAAGGCAUUUAUUUGUAGCCUCUAUCGUUUUAAUGUAGAUCUAAGUUACAAACGUCUGUUAUUUGAGCGGUUUCUUAUUUCGCAGUAGCUUGCGUAUACUUUUGUUGAGGGUAUUUUAGUUUUAGUCAUUUUUACUAUUUUUUUUUUCAUAAAAGUAAAAUAUUUUUAGGUUAAAAAAGAUUCCAGAAUUGUAAAAAAUAAAUGGCUAAAACUAAUUUCGAUCACCUCUUUGUAAAAAAUAUGUUUUUUUUUUUAAAUCAAAAUGAGCCUGCCUAAAGUAUAUUGCAUAUCACUUAGAUACUUAAUUAUAACUUUGAAUGUUUUCAACACUCGCGUUUGAUAUUAGUUGUAUUUUUUUUUAUAAAAUGCUAGAUCUUUAGAAGUUCAUUUAAUAAUAAUAUUUCAUAGCUGCUAAAUUCUUCUCGUAGGAUUGUAAUAAUAUUUUGAAGAGAAUUUUAGUAAAGCACGGAUAUUUAGUAGAAAAUGUCUAGGCAAUUUUUUAAAAUAAUUUUUAAUCAUUUUAAUAAUGCAAUAGUGCCUGAUUUAGUCAUGAUAGUACAGAAUUUUUCUGCCAUUAAUAUAUUUAAUUACUUAAACUCUAGUCACCUUAUUGUAGAAAAAAAAAAUAUUAUUUAAUUUUUCAAAAAUCAUUACAAUCCUAUAAUUUAAUAGCUGGCUACUAGUAUUAUUGCUUUAUAACAAAUUUAUAUAGAUAACGAGCGUUUGAUAGCGAAUUUUAUGAUGUUAUUUAAUUUUUUAAUUAAUAUAAUUGUUUAUAUAUUAUGCAAUCUUAAGCGUUGUAUGUAAGUUUUUCUUUAAUAUUAGCGAAUAUAAGAAAUUGUUACGUACUGCCAGUUUCAAGGUUCUAACACCAAUAAGGAGGGACGAAUGAAUGAAUAGUGAUUGUCCACGAAAACAACAUAGAAUCUCUUUUUAUAUUUCAAUAUUCAAUCUUUGGUACACGAAAUUCUAUGGAUUCUAAUUGAAUUUAAAUAGUUACGUAAACUGUAUUUUUGACAUCUAUUUUUAAUAGUAAAUGAACUUGAAAAUGAGUUGUAAAUAAUUUCCAAAAAAUUAGGAUUUUUUUCAUAUGUCACGAUUUGUUUUUAGUCCUCGGUGUUUUUUUUAGUAUUUUGUGUGAACUGUAAAUAAACAAUAUUGUUCCUAAGUAUUUAUAAUCGUAAUUAAUCAUGUACUUAUUUCUUAUGAAUGUAUUCUAUAUUGAAUAAUGAUUUGUGAACGAGUAUUGAUUUUAAUGUUUUUUUUCACUUAUUUUUAAUUUUACAUUAUAAUAAAAAUGUUAAUGAUAUUCAUUUCAAAACGAAUGAGGAAUAGCGUUAUUAUUUUUAAUAGUAAAAAAAUUUUGUUUUUAUUUUAAUAGUUAUUUUUAUUUAGUUAAAAGUAAAGAACAAUUAAUUUUAAAUUUUAAUUUAGGUUUUAUUAAAAAUAAUUUUAAUAAUGAAAAUAAUAAUUAGUUUAUCGUUUUUGUAAAAUAUUCUGAGAUGAUGGACACGAGAGUGCAUGUCGACGAGCUGUUGGAUAAGUGUACUUUGAACAAAAAAAUAAUCUUCCUUUGUAAUUAUUAUAAUCUAUAAACACUACAAAAUUGUGAUUCAAAGCAAUUUAAAAUAUUACUGCUGAUUAUA